AAUAAAUCCGAGGGGCGGGUCUUUGCCGAGCGCCGCAGAUAUCGAUAAGGCGUAUUUCUCCUCUGUGGAGUGUUUUAUGCCGAGGACACACGCUACCGACGUUAUCUUUCGCAAGCGUAUUUAUUUGAGCGGCGCAAAUUGUCCAGCGCGUUUGGAGGGGAUGGGAUCUUGGGAAAUGGGCCGCGCAUGGGAACAGCGAGAACCGCUUCUUAACAAUUAGAUCUACACCGGAUACCGGGAAAUGUACCACGCACGAGCAGCGAGCUGGAUACUGCCUGCACGAGGAGCCGCCAGCCUACAUAUAUAAUAUGUUUCGUCUGAUUUGAUCGCUUGCGCCGAUAGCAUCGAUAUUCUCUAUGUGUGGCCGUUCUGUCAUCAUGAUAUCGGGUGUGUGAAGGGGCGCGCGCGUGAGCCGCAUCCGCGCGAGGUGCAUCUCAACAUGACAGCAACAUAUAGAAAAGGAAGGAUAUCAAGUGGGAAGACCUGUGGCUAUCCAGGGGACAUUUUAUCAGGGUCAGAUGGCCUGUCUUGAAUAAGAAACGUGCAAAAAUGGAGAGCUCCAGUUCAAGGAUGGUCCUGAGGAGCUCGCGGCGUCUGCUCGGAUGUUGCACGCUUCUGCUCGCCGCUGUGAUGUUGGUGGGCUUCAUGGCAACGUCUGGCACACCCGUUGCAGUGGAGCUCCCAUCCAACAUGUCCAGAAGGAGCCUCAAUCAGCUUCCAGCAAGAACACGUUCACCUCCUGCCUUAUCUUUAUCAUCAUCAUCAUCAUCAUCAUCUCCUCAUCGAUCUGAAAGAACCAGGCGUCCAGCUCAUAUGCCUCCAGGUGCCAAACAUCCUUCAUCCCCUGGACGCCAUGACAGUGCCUCCCGCAUAGAUCCCACCCCGUCCCUUGGUUCUGAAGGGUCAGGUAACUUAGGCGAUGGGGCCCAGGGCAUCCAUCUGCUGUUACGGCCCCCAGACCUUCUAACACCCAGCCAGAUGCCUCCCCUCCAUGACGAAAGACCGCCGACCCCUGCUCCCCCAACCCUGGUGCCACCCGAAGACCAGUAUCCCGUCCAUUCCGCAGAGGUGGACUGGGGCUCCGGAGACUACCUUGAAACUCUUACUUUCAUGGGAUCGGAAGGGGAGGAGUUUUCUCUCGUCACAGCACUUCCUACGCAUGGAUAUGAUCCGUAUGAUACGGAUGAUGACGCCACGGUCAGCUACAACACAGCUUUCCCCUCCCGGCCCGUCCUGCCCCUCUCAUCCAGAGACCUCCUGCCCAGCGUGACGGUAAAAUAUGGGACUAACUUAAGGACGGCCCAUCCUACUGAUCCCCGCCUCCCAUUGGCUCCUGACUCUGCCCAUGCAAGUGAUACGGACGAGGAUUUGGAUUUCGAUUGGGCAGAGCUUUUUCCUAUUGAGCCGACUGAAAUGCUGCUUCCCGAUAUGAACAGUUUGGAAUACUACAACACGUUGCAAGCCAAAGAGAACGCUAGCAUUGUGAGGAAUAGGACGCACCCUCAUAUCACCCCUACGCACACUGUGGGACCCACUCACACUCCCACUGCAACUUUGGGAAAAAUCCCAGACAAAAUUGACCGGGCAACUCCUCAGCCUAUUCCAUCAGUGACCCCAACUCCACCACAAAAACCUACAAAGCCUCUCAUUCCAUCAACCAUCGAGACCCAACGACCUCCUGAAGGCCCAGAUAAGGGUGUUUCUUCCAUACCCACGUCCCAUGUGGGCAAAUCCCGACCCCCAGUGCCAACCGCCCUGCCUCCACCCGGCACCUCAGAGGCUCCAGUAAUACAAGCUGUUACCCUGAAGCCCCCUGCUACCAAACCUCGCUUGACCACCAUCAAAACCACCACCAGAACUACAACUACAACUACAACCACGACUACCAUGAGCGCCACCAAAAGCCCACCGCCUACAACCCCCAGAAUUCCUCUGUCCAUCGCCCCCCGACAGUAUGUCUGCAAUAUCACCAAACCAGACAUGUAUCUAGUCAGAGUGGGCAUGCCCAGUGGGUCAUCGGUGGCGUUUGCCAAAGCUCAUGUGCGGGAGAUCCUUCGACGAGAGUUCAACCGUUCAGUGGAGCUCCAGGUACUCAAAGCCCCUCCCAAUUUCAUCUUCCGGGCAGUUUCCGGUCCACUGGUGUACACUGCCAUCUCUGUCAUUAAUGCUCUCCGCCAAUCAGUGCAUAGCACUUCCUCUUCUUCCAUUCUGUCUGUCACAACUAUAUAUGCAGUGCCUGAUUACAAACAUCAGGUUCACACAGUGCUGCAGUUUGUACCGAGUCAUGUGGAUGUGCGUCUGUGUAGCUUCAGCGAGCGCGUGGAGAAGGGGCUACUCAUGGCAUACGCGGAAGUACGCAAGCGCUCACAAGAAAAUGGCAACUUCACAAUUCAUAUUGUGAAUAUCACCAGUAGCCUUCCUAAGGGUCAGCGGCAGCAGAAGGCGCCGGUGGACGUCACUUUUGCUGUGCGUGAUUCUCAAGGCUUUUUAACGGGGUCGGAUGUGAGCGGUCACAUGAGGCAGCUCAGCGCUGUGGAGUUCAGCUUCUACCUUGGUUUUCCUACCCUGCAGAUCGCUGAACCUUUUCAUUAUCCUGAGCUUAAUGUGUCCCACCUUUUACGCACAUCCUGGGUGAAAACAGUGUUAUUGGGUGUGUUGGACCAGCGUGUGAACGAGAGGACGUUCCAGGCCAAAAUGGAGAGGCGAUUAGCAUUGCUGGUUGGAGAGGGACUUGGGAUCGGGGUUAGCAGUCGACGAUGGAGAAGAGCUACUAGUGUCGGCAACAACAGCGUACAGAUCGUGCGAACGUCCCGUCUGGACGGCCCGGACUACCCCCUGGAGCUGGUGUAUUUUGUGGAAGCGGGGUCAGGAGAGAGGCUGCCGGCUCAGGCCACUGCGGCCAUGCUCAACAGAUUGAACCUGCAGAGGGCCGCCAUCGUUCUGGGCUACAGAGUACAUGGGAUUCUGGCCACACCUGUGGAAAAGCUGCCCCUGCCGCCCUCUGAGACUCAGCCCAGUAACGUGUGGCUGAUUGUAGGAGUUGUGGUCCCAGUUCUUGUGGUCAUCCUCAUCAUUAUCAUUCUCUACUGGAAACUGUGUCGCUCUGAAAAGCUGGAGUUUCAGCCAGACGCCAUGAGCACCAUCCAGCAGAGACAGAAGUUGCAGCCUCCCAGUGUUAAAGGCUUUGAUUUUGCUAAACUACACCUGGGGCAGCAUAGUAAGGAUGACAUCAUGGUAAUCCAAGAACCCUCCCCUUUGCCGCCGCCUGUUAAAGAGGCCACGCCCUCAGAGGGCGGAGAAUUGAACACUCCUAAAUCAAAGAGCUCAUCUACAAAAGCAUCCCGUGCAGCACGGAGAAGAGGCAGGUUGUCUCCAUCUGAUGGAGAUUCAUUAGGAAGUGAAGCAUCCAGCGGUAGAGAAUCAGCAGAGGAAAGCACCAGACCUGCUGUGACACCAAGUGACAGCAAACCCCAACAUCGCAAGAGCAAGCAUUCAAAAAACAAACUUGGUGCUCAACCUGGAAGUGGUGUGGAUGAGCAGUUGUCCUCGUCGUCCAUAUUUGAACAUGUGGACCGUCUUUCUCGAGGUUCGUCAGAUGGAACGCGCAGAGUCUCCAAUAAGAUACAGCUCAUCGCCAUGCAGCCCAUGCCAAGCCCUCCCUCACAUCCACACAACCAGGCCCUGAGUCCCAACCUGACAGACAAGAUGUCUGACGGAGCAAAGGUCAACAGUGAGAUCCAAGUGGCCUUGAGACAUAAAUCAGAGAUCGAACACCAUCGCAAUAAGAUCCGCCUGCGUGCCAAGAGAAAGGGCCACUACGAGUUCCCCUCCAUGGAGGACAUCAUGGCAGCGUUCGGCGACAGCUCCGAACAGCAGCGAGUGUAUCAACAAGCUCAGGAACAGAUACACAAGAUCUUGCAUCCUGAAGAACACACAUCGUCAUCGUGCGGAGAGCCACGCAAAAGUUCCAAAGGAAGACGCUCUCCCAGACAUAGACAAAGACAGAAUCUGAGUGGAAGCGGGAGUCUGAGAGACAAAGACCGCCUGAUUACCGACGGAGAUGCCACGUACAGGAAGUACCCCGGGGUCAACAAUGUGGCUUAUGUGUCCGAUGCAGAUCAGCUCCCAGAUGCAGGAAGCCCUUCUCCUACCGAUGAGGUGUUUUUAGACCCUGGAUCGCCACCAUCUUGCCCCGCCCCCGCCCCGCCCAGCUACGUCCCUCCUCAGCCAACCAUAGAAGAAGCCCGGCAACAGAUGCACUCCUUAUUGGAUGACGCGUUUGCAUUGGUUUCACCUUCUUCCCAAGGAAGCCCUGCUCCUCUAACAUUCACUGGUGUAACGGCGGUCACUGGGGUCGGAGGAAUCAGCCCCGGUCAACCCUCCAGCCCGUCUCCACGUCCUUCACGCCAAUGGGGUUCCUCUUCUUACCCAGCAGCCCCUGUGCACAGUCCUUUCUCUGCAAGGUAUGCCGAGUUAGGAAUGUCUCCCACAUCGGUUCAAGGUUUACUGCAGAGGCAGACACAGGGCUCUGGAUAUGUGGUGUCAGCAGAGAUGCAGUCUGAUCCUGGAUACUCCAGCAGGGGGCAGUAUGGAGAUGAAAUGCCAUCAUCUUCUCGGCCACGACCUGUAGGGGGCAGUACAGGUGCACAGUUGCAUCAGCUGACACAAGUGGGCUUGUCAAGUCGGAUUGGACUGUAUCCUGGAGUUGGUCGUAGUGUAUCAGGACCCUCAGGAUCAAGCUGGACCCAGUACCGCUCAGAUGAGGAGAUUUCCAGACCAGGAUCCAAUCGAGAGGCUAUACUGACAUUCCCAGAAUACUCUUCAUCGCCAGUAUUCCAGAUGCCCAGGACGUCCCUGCAGGAUCCCACAACACCCCAGGGUCACCUGGAAGCCUCGAGCGCAGGGUACAUGGCCCCUGAGGAGCGUUCUCCACCUCCCCAAUCCUCCGCCUCUCUCAUCAAGGCUAUCAGGGAAGAACUCCAGAGACUUUCUCAGAAACAGGCUGCUGUCGUCAGCUACCAGAGUUGAGAAAAACCAUCCCAAAAACCCCAGCCCUGGUUAACUUCCCGAUGUACCACAUAAAUAAACUCACAAAUCCCAACACAGCUAAAUGGUUGAGAAGCUGCUUUACACAAAAUCAGAACCAAAAUCUUCAAAUUCAAGUACGGCUGGUCUGUUACAUAUGAAGAAUUACUCGCAAUCUUCCAUGCUGGUAUUGCAAAAACAUCCACAAUUUAAAUUUCACUUAAAUACUCUCUCCUAUAAUUCACACAGAAAACGACUCACCCUAAACAUCAUGUCAAGACUGUUUAGAAAAAUAGACAAAGUUUCCCCAUAUUCAGACUCUCAAUUUGCAUGCUGAGAGCUGUGAACCUUCGAGACUUUGUACUGACUGUUGCUAAUGUGAAAAUCCCUCCCCUUCAGUUCCAUGUCUUUAAAAGUGCUUCCUACAAAUGGGUCAUCUUCAUGUCUCUGGACUUCCUCUGGUGCUAAACAUCAUUGCUGGGUUUCGCCACGACAUCACAAUUCAGCCCUGCCCAAAAACUCUGAAGUGGCAUCCUUUCCUUUUCCUGUUCUCCAAUGUAUCCAAGUUGGCUUAUCAAGUGGAAACGAGCUCUGUUCCGUGACCUAGUGAGCUGCUCGAUGUGACAUCUGUUACAAAAGGUAAGCCAACUUAUGUUCGCUUACAAGUCACUUUAAUUGGUUUUCACCACAAAGUUAUAAUUCACUAAAACUAUAUAUUAUUUUGUCCAACAUUGGUGAGCUUUAUGCAUUAGAGUAUCACAUUUUCAUCUAACAUGUCAAACCAUAAACCGAGCAAGAAAAUGAUUAUAAAUUAAAAUUUUAUUCAGUAAUAUUCCAGUAAUAUUAAUAUUUUACCCAACAUUUGUGAGUAUUAUAUGUUUUUAUACUGAUUUAUUUAUUUAUUAAGCAUAUGCUGGUUAGUUUAUUCUGGUUUAAGCUGCUCCUUUUGCUGGUUUAUGCUGGUCUUUUGCUGGUUUAAGCUGGUCUUUUGCUGGUUUAUGCUGGUUUAAGCUGCUCCUUUUGCUGCAAGGACCAUCAUAAAGCAGCUUAAACCAGUAUCCCAGCUGGUUAAACAUACCUAACCAACAUAUGCUGUUUUUUUCAAGAGGCUGAGUAUUGCGCUAUUAGCUUAGCAACAUAAUGUCAAACCCAGGAAAGGGCAAAAAAAGUUGAUUAUAAAGUAAUAUUUCAUUCAAUAACGUUCAUUACAUGUUUAAAUAGUCUAUACUAAUUAGAGUAUCACUCCAUUAGCUUAGCCACAUGCAUAUGUUAAACAAUCGAGAUCAAUCGCGAAAUCAAGUCCGUUUGUGUAGCUGCCUAUAUAAAGGGUUCAAAAUGAGCCGCUUAUUAGGUUCCAUGACGCUGUCUUUGUAGACAGUGCCAUAGCUCACUAGGUUUUGGAACAGAGCUAAUAUCUGUCACGGUCUUCAGGUCUUGCCUUACAUUUGAGCUCUGGGUACUUCAGACUCUGCAGGGGAGGGAAGAAGAGUUUUUGUUGGGAUCGUAAACAGUGAAGUGAGUAUUUGAGUCAGCCCACAUGUAGAGAUGAUCGACAGGCGGCCUCAGCAUGGUUCCCAUGCCGAUAACAUCAUAUUACUAUGUCCAACCUGUCUGGAAAGGUAUCAAAGCAAGCAUUCAUGAUGCCCGUGUUUAUUCGUUUAAGCUCUUUUUGCAAGUGGGUUUUGAACGUUGGCUGUCCAAUCGGUUCUUUUUAAAGUAUGGCUGAGGUAGUUUCUGUUUACAGAUAUUCAUUUUGCACAUUUUCUCAUUUUUGCACAUUCAUAUCAUGAUUAUGAUGGAAGUCAAUCAGUUAAAGAGUUUAUUGUGGAAAAGAGACGACUAUACAGUAACUAUAUAAAUAUAUAAAGAAAGAUAUAAGUGAGUUCAUAUACAAAUAUAUAUAUUGCAUAUCGAUGUAUCAACUCAUUGAGCACAAUCUGAUUAUAUGUUAGAUUAUAUGUUAAGCAUAUUAAAUUGUAUUUAUUUUUUAUUGUUAUGAAAGUAUUACGUAUUAAAGAUGUGGGAAAAGUGUUGCUAUGGGACUUUUAAAAAAAAGACCAAAUCACUGUUGAGGCAUAUAGUUCAUUUAGCUUCGUAAUUUGGUAGGCAUUUUUAAUGUAUUUUCAUGUAUUUGGUCAUGUGGAUUUGCACAGAGGUAUUGUAACGAUUCCUGUAAGGAAAUGUGUUGAGAUUGAAGGCCUUGAUCAAUAUUCUGUUUUAAUGCUCUAGAUUUUUGUCUUUAUUUUUUAGGUUAGGAUUUGUUUUUUAUUUCUCCCUUUUUUUCAUACCGGGUUUCCACAACUGGAAAUAACGUAAAAAAAAAUGUUGUUUUCAAGCUUGAAAAAUGCUCAUUAAACGAUCAAAUAGAGUCCUACUAAAUAUUUCAUUUAAAAUAGAUUUUUUCAAGUGCAAUAAAAUAGUUUUAAAUAUCCAUAUCAAAUAAUCACACUUCAGUCACUUGUGGAAACCCGUUUCUUUCGUUGUUGUUUUUCUUUCUCUCCUUGAUGUUUCUCAUUUCUCUUAUCUUUAAUUUUCCUUCCUUCGAUCUUUCUGUUUUUCUGUCGAUCAUGUAGACUCCUGCCAGGCCUUAAAUCAGGACGCAUGUGAAGUGAUGGAUUAUGCUUUAUUUUUUUCCUUGUUUUUUGUGUGCUAAUGUCUUGAUGGGCAUGCUAAUAGUCUAAAAAUAUUGAAAAAUACAAACAAGCUUGAUAGAAUUUAGCCUACAUUGAAAGACUACUAUUUAAUGGUUCAUGAGACUAAAAACCAAUGGUCAAAGCACAGAGAAACCAUCCUGAUCAUCAUCAUCAUAAAAAAAAAGAAAUUUUCAGUAUUUUGUCAUUUAUAAACCUGAAUAAUAUUUUUGAAAGUAUUUGAAAAUCAAUAUUUAUGACUAAAAUAUAUCAUAUAAAAAGAGUAUUAAUAUGUAAACAGACAUUUCUCCAUAUUUAAAUAAUCAGUAUGUAGUCCACAGUUGACCAGUAAGAGGCAAACAUCAUUGGUAGACUCCCUUUCCUACUGUGCAAAGACCAACUGGGAAUUUUUUUACAUUUUCUUUCUUUUUUAUGUUCAAUUUUGCCAAUUUCAUGAAUUGUGCAUUCAUAAAAGACAAGAUUGAGAAUAAGUUAUAUUUACAGUCAUUUGAUUAACAUGGUGCUACUCAACAUGUGUGUGUGUGUGUGUGUGUGUGUGUGUGUGUGUGUGUGUGUGUGUGUGUGUGUGUGUGCGUGCGUGUGUGUAGCUGUCUAAUACCAUCAAAACCUUACAGCACUGACCUGAACUCAAACACAUUUAUAGCAAUUACAAUGUACAAGUUCUGAGAUUAACUGAAUGCAACGUGUGUUUGUGUGUGUGUGUGUGUGUGUGUGUGUGUGUGUGCGCGCAAUAGUAUACCUCCCCUUGUCCCUAUGUCGGUGCCAUAGAGGAUGUAAUAGGAAUGUAAACGAAAUCUUACAGAAAGUUCAUUUUUCAUUUUAUGUCAACUACCUGAAAUCUAACAACACUGUCAUCUUUUGAUUGCACCAUCUUUGUGAUCCUAUCGUUGAGGGAUAAGAAAAUUUCUCUCAUUCUGUCUUUUUUCAUUCUUUCUCUCUUGGUCUCUGCAAACUGCAUCCCUGUAUUUGAUGUUUAAUGUCUCUAUAUUGUUGUGUAAAUUAAAUAAUAAACAAUGUGCCGUCAA